AAAUUUUCUAAAUAAGAAUAACUGAUGCUUGAGUUUUGUAUUGACAAUUGUGUUUUUUAUCAAAUUUUCUAACGAUAGUAUUAAUGCAAUGAAUAGUACUGAUGAUAUAAUGACAUUUAAGGAAAAACAUAUUAAAAUUUCGAAUUCAGAAAUUAAGGAUUUAUUACAAAAUCAGAUGAAGUUAAUUAAUCAUAUCAAGAACAAACAAAAUCAAGAUGUUAGCGAAGAUAAAAUAAAAAUCACUGAUUUAACAUCAAAGGUUAACUCUAUUAGGGAGAUUCUUCAAUCUGAAAAACAAACACUGGAGUAUAAAAAUAAUGUUUUAUCUAAACACUUAAACCAUAUAACAGAAUUAAAAGGGGAGAAGAAUAAAUUUUUAGAAGAGAAUCAACAAUUAGAAUUGCAAAGAAAUAAACUUAAGACAUGCAAACGAAACUUGAAGGAUCAGACAUUACUAGAUCAAGGAAGAAGAAAAUUUGCAUUAUACAAAGAAUUCACUAAAAUACAUUGGGACUAUGAAAAACUUGAAGAAAAUAUUGCAGGAAGUAUCCUUUAUUUAUAAAAUAUGUGGUUUUUAAGAAAUUUUCUGUUACAUAUAUAUAAGCAUGUCCUUAAUAAUAAUGUUAGAUGUAUCAGAUAAGAAAAAAUAUAUUCAUCAUUUUUCUUAUUUAAAAGAAGAAAAUACAAAAGAUUUAAGUAAUCUUUUAUGGCAGGAGAUAUACCACUCCAUAGCUUAUAAAGACCAUAAAGACACAUAUGAUAAUGAAAAUGUUGUACAAAAUAAAUAACUGUAACAUAAAUUGAAAUAAAUUGCAAUUCAUAUUUUU